UCAUACACACAUGAGAAAAGAAGAAAAAGAUAACACCGACGUUAACUUCGACACGUGCAUGCUCUUUCAUGUACUCGGAUCGCGCGUUGAUCGUAGAUGGCAGCAAAAGAACAAACGUCACGCUUUUGACAGAGGUUUCCAAAUAAACAAGCGCAAAUAUAUACGUAAUUUUUGAUCCACUUGAUGAGAAAAAGUGAGUCAGAUUUUCUGCCAGAAAUUGUCAGCUGAUCUCUAUAAUUGAUCAAGCACAAAAAUUAGCGAUGAGUAACAAAACUGGUAAUACAGGAGAAGUAGAUCCUAUACAGGAAGAACUAGCCGGCCGUGUACGUGAAGUUGGGAACCAUGCAAUCUGGAGUUUGUCCAGUUGUAAACCUGGCUUUGGCGUGGACCAGUUGCGCGACGACAUCACAGAGACCUAUUGGCAAUCCGAUGGGCAACUUCCACACUUGGUAAACAUUCAGUUCAAGAGGAAAACAACGAUUCGCGACAUAUGUAUAUACACAGACUACAAGCUGGACGAAAGUUAUACCCCAAGUAGGAUAAGCAUUAGAGCAGGCACUAAUUUCAAUGACCUUCAAGAAAUAGAAGUUAUGGAUCUAAAUGAACCAAGUGGCUGGGUCAUCAUUCCCAUAAAGGAUAUAAAUGACAGGCCUAUCAGAACAUUUAUGAUACAAAUAGCUGUGAUAAGCAACCAUCAGAAUGGACGUGACACGCACAUGAGGCAAAUUAAAGUUUACAGUCCUACACAGGACGUUCUUGGACCACCUGCUCCUUACGUCGCAGGCCAAUUUCUUACCAAUGAAUUUCUGCGUUAUGCAACAGUUAGAUAAAAAAUAAUAAUGAUAAUAAUAAUAAAUAUUAAUCAUGCAAAAGAAUUUAAUAAUAAGGGGAACAAUUGAUGAAAUAUUCAUUAGGGAACAGAUACAAUGUGUAUGUCAGACUCACAAUGUAUAUGUAUUCAUGUUUAAAUUACUUCUGUCAUCAGCAAGAAAAAAAAAAUGUAAACACAAAAUGUAAAUACCUUCAUUCCAUCUA